UGUGUGGAUGGGGUGAAUUUGUUGAUGUUGAGUUGGCAGUUUGGCUUCAAAGUGAAUUCCUCUUAAAACUCUGCAAAAAUUGCACGACUUUUGUUUGUUUGUUUGUUUUAACGUACUAAAAGCCGACGCUAAUGUCCGCUAGUUUGCGGGCGGUUUCUCGUGUUUAUGAGGUUUCUGCCACGCAGCGGUACAGCAGCAGUCCUCAUUAACUGCCAGAUGAUCCUGCGCCUUCUGCGCUCAAGCCACCUCUGAUGUUUAUGUUUUAACCUUUUUAUUAUUUGGUUUGUUUUCUUUUCCUUUCACGUGCUGGAGGGACGGAUGAGAUCAUUACUAUGGGGCUGAGGAGAGUUAACGUGAUCAUUCUUGUGCUGCUGGCUGUUGCCUUCCUCAUCAUAGUCCAGCGAAAUCUCCUCAAUCUCAGUGACUUUUUACACACAGAAAAGCCAGAUGAAGGGGUGAUUCUUCCCUUUGAGUCUGAACUGUCUCCAGACUUGAAUUUGGCAAGGACGGGUGAGGAGAUUCCUAUUCUCAUCACCGCUGCUGAGGACAGACUUGGUGCUGUUGUUGCUGCGAUGAACAGUGUGUACAUGAACAGCAAAGCCAAUGUUGUCUUCACCAUCGUGACCUUGAAUGAAACCGUCGCUCACUUAAAAGCAUGGCUGAGUAACACUAGACUAAACAGUGUCAAAUAUAAGAUAGUAAUUUUUAAGCCUGAGUUACUUAAUGGGAAGAUAUCUAAGGAUCCUCAGACCCCGGAGGCUGCAAAACCACUGACUUUUGCCAGGUUUUAUCUUCCUGCUUACAUUCCCGAAGCAGAGAAAGCUAUCUAUUUGGAUGAUGAUGUCAUUGUACAAGGUGACAUUCAGGAGCUUUAUGAAACCAACCUCAAACCGGGACAUGCCGCAGCCUUCUCUGAUGACUGUGACUCGGCAUCUGCCAAAGGCAUUGUUCGUGGGGCGGGAAAUCAGAAUAAUUACAUUGGCUUCUUGGAUUUCAAGAAGGAAGCUAUUAAGAAGCUGGGGAUGAGAGCCACCACUUGCUCUUUCAAUCCCGGGGUCUUCAUUGCCAACCUGACUGAAUGGAAGAACCAAAACAUCACCCAGCAGCUGGAGCACUGGAUGGAGCUCAACACACAGGAGGAUCUAUACGGUAAAACCCUCGCAGAAAGCAUUACCACCCCUCCACUCCUCAUUGUUUUUUACAAACGCCACUCUAGCAUUGACCCCAUGUGGCACGUGAGACACCUCGGUGUAACAGGUGCUGGAAGCCGCUAUUCUUCCCAGUUUGUGAAAGCUGCCAAACUCCUGCAUUGGAACGGACACUAUAAGCCCUGGGGGCGAGGAUCCUCCUUUACUGAUGUGUGGGACAAGUGGUUCAUUCCCGACCCCACAGGAAAAUUUCACCCUGUGCGAAGACACACGGGGGACAGCUAGACUGAAAAAUGGGCUCCUUGAACCUUCAGAUCGGGUUCGUAGCAGCAGGAAAACUCCUUCAUAUCUCAGGAACUAUGCAAAUGUCAUGUGUUUGAGUUCCAUCGUCCUCCGAAUGUGGACCUGCCUAUCUCAUCUUCCAAUGAACAGAGAUUUUUUUUUUCUAUAUCCAGAGUAUAUUGUUGAUAGCUUCGAAUUGCAUUUUUUUAGAAAUAUUUUGUUAAACUAAAAGUAGACCGUUUCAAAUACUGUUUUACUCCCACUCAGCUGUAAGCCACAGAGCUAGUGUGCCAAGACCUUCUGGUAGAACAUAAACCAUCCUUGUCAAAGUAAAUGGCUUUUAAGUAGGUGUGUUUAGCAGCUAAAUAAGGAUUUAUUUACUUAAUGUGUGUAUUAAAUGACUCAAUUAUCUGAGCUGUCGUUAGAGUGAGUCAUAGCCACAGCUCAUUCCUGCUUCUCUCUGAUCAGCUUAGUCUGAAUUAUAAUCAUUAGCCAUGCAAAUCCCUCAUGUCAGUACCUCAGUGCAGUACUUCCUGUGGAAAACUAAUUUGAUUAUAUUUAAUUGCACAUAGAUUAGAUUGUUUUGGGAUGAGAGUGGUCUUUUUAAGUCUUGUAUAAAUCCUCUACAGGUUAACUGCAGUCAAACUAAUGGUACAUGUUACUUUACCAUAAUAAACACUACCUGUCCCGCUUUCAUAUUUAACAAAAAAAAACAUUGGUGUUGUUUUGUUUUUUUAUACAAACCACUAAGCACACUGCACCUCUGCAGGAACAGAACAGCUUUGCACAAACAUCUACUUUAGUGCUUCAUUAUCAGCAUUUUCCUUUACUACGUGUUUGAAGUCCCCUUACUGGUGUAAAUGUCUUUUUUUGUAUAUCAAAUAAAGGUUACAUGUUUAUUAAA